GUUAAAUCGUUUGUGUAUACGAACCAAUUUUUACUCAACAGUAUUGUAUGUAAACAGUGCUACAAUACACAAACACAGAAACAUCCCAAAAGGAGAGAAGCCAUGUUAAUCCUUGAAUUAACAGUCAUAGCAGCACAAACACACAUUAAAGCUGCCAAGAGAAUUAGACCGCUACUAAACAUGGGGUAUAAAAGGCACAGCAGAACUCACAGAAUGCUGCUACAUGUAUAUACGUUGUGAAUGCAAGACUAACAAAAUGAAUCAUACAAGGCUGACGAUACUCCUUGCAUUUCUCUCAGUAUGUGCUCAUGGGUCAUACUUGGUUCAGCUGAGAGUCAACUCAUACGAGAAUCCUUUGAACAGAUGUGCAGAGUGUAGUCUAGCCAAUCCACUACAAGGACCAUUUGGCUGUUGUGACGGAUUUGACGUAACAGGUGUAUGCAGUGAAUCGAAAAGAUGUGACAACUACUUUAGAUAUUGUCUGCGAGACUAUGCCACUCCACCCGAGACACUGGGCUGCACCCUAGGAGGGGAAAUAACUAGCGAGACUCCAGAAGAAGAGGACUAUAAUAGGGACACUGAUUUUUCAAGUUCGAGUGUGCUGGGCUUGGAAAACCCACUCAAUCUACAAGGAGUGGAGCGUCUAUGGCAGGGAGUUCAACUAUACAUCCAAGCAAUUGACUAUGACCAAGAUAAUGGCGAUGACCUCAUAGACACAUUUGCUGUUGACAUUUCACCAUCACUAGUGGCUGGGUCACCAGAUAGCAGUAUGUUACGCUACUCUGGGAGAUUUAACCUAGCAAGAAUACUUUUAAGCUACAGGAUACUCUGCCAGCAGUUCUUCUAUGGGGACUCCUGCCAGAACUAUGACGAAUGUGCAGCCCAGAGUGUACUGUGUCAAAACAAUGGAGUAUGCAUCAACGAAGAGGACAAUUUUCGGUGCCAAUGCAGAGGAGGCUACUCGGGACAGUAUUGUGAGAACGUAGAAUACUGCUUUGGCGUCAACUGUACCAACAGAGGGAAGUGUCACGAAGAAACAAGUUCAUAUGUUUGUGUCUGUGAUUCUGGGUACACCGGUCAACUUUGUGAAACUGAAAUUGAUGAAUGUGUAGGAGUCAACUGCACCGGUAGGGGAGAGUGUGUGGAUGGGCUUGACACAUUCAGUUGUUUCUGCAACCCAGGGUAUACAGGACAGUUGUGUGCUUCACAAAUCACAACACCAGAAUUGCUUGUAGGAGACCUGUUUGUACCAGAGCUAGCAGGAGGAAUCAUUGGCGGUGUGAUGUUUAUUAUUCUAAUUUUUAUCUCUGCUGCUGCAGUGGCAUAUUUGCUUAAGCGACAGAAAGACAAAAAGGAAAUAACACCUUCAAAUCUAGAUGACUACCAUGCGUACGGACAAGACAACACAGUGCAUACAACACCCAUGACUCCACAGCGCUAUGUCCGAGCUAGUUCCACCAAUAGCCUCAGUAAUUCUACACACACAGGAGUCAGCCUACAGUCAUAUACAAGGGACAUGCCCAUGCAUGGAGCACCUUGGACUGACCAGCGCAGAAGUUACACCAACAGUUCCAUCUGUACUGCCAUCAGUCUACGAUCAUAUAACAAUGGACGGGACAACCCAGUCUAUGGGGCACCCCACCUCCCUGCUAGGAACAGCUAUGCAAGCCGAUCAAACACUUCGAUUGCCACUGGAAUCAGCAUACAAUCAGAUACUAAUGGACGGGACAACACAGUCCAUGGGGCACCAGAUGGUGGUCAACUCCCAGCUAGAAACAGCUACACAAGCAGGUCAAAUAUUUCCAUCACCACUGGAAUCACUCUUUUAUCACAGACUGAUUUGAGUGGCAGUGAUGAUCAGAUAUAUGCUGAGCCCAUCCUUCAUACAACAAAUCAUGGUGGGGACGAUUGUGAGAUGGAGCGGGAGUUUCAAAAUCCCCUCUACCGAUCAUCAGAGGACAUCACAGAUAACGAUGAUAAGACCUUCUCUUUUGUGGGUGCUACUGGUACCUACUUAUCAACACUUCAGGACAAUGAGUGCCUCAUAUAAAUAAUAAUUAUUGUCAUUGUCAUAGGAGUAUAAUUAUUGCGCUUAACCACAAAAUUACAACAUUUCCAAGCUUUGCACAGUAGGGUUUGUACAUAAUAAAUAUAAUUAUAUC